CCCACAAGCGCACUCCCUUCCCGACCGGAGGCGGUGUGGCGUUCGAAGUGUCCCAGCACGCGUGUCUAAGGAUACAAACUAGACAUACUUGGGAAAGAGAAUCUCAACUGAGUUGCCUCCAUCAGAUUGGCCUGACAGCAUAGGAGGGAAUGGCUACUGUAUCUCCACCUACCAAGUGCCAGACGUCGGUGACAUUUGAAGAUGUGGCUGUGACUUUCACAGAUGAAGAGUGGAGGCAUCUGGUCCCUGUGCAGAGGGCACUCUACAAGGCAGUGAUGUUGGAAACCUAUGAGACCAUCAUCUCACUGGGGAUUCCCGUUCCUCGGUCUGACAUGAUUCUUCUGUUGAAGAGGGACAAGCCAUGGACACAGGAUCUUCUUGGAUCCAAGGAGAAAGAAUGGCCAGAGAGCAUCUCUCUAGACCAGGAGACUAAGCCUGAGAGCCUAGCUGCUUCAGAAGGAACACUGGGAGAAAGCCAUAGACAGCAAAGUCCUCUGUGCCCUAAACCUAAAGUUCAAACACUAGCAGGUGGGUCAGGACCAGAAAAGGAAAGACUUGAAGCAGAGACUUGCAAGAAACCCCUUUCCCUGGACAAAAGCUUGAAGGGAAGGUCAGCCCCAUCCAAGAAAAUCCUCACUAAACGGCAAGACCAAGAAUGUAGGGAGUGUGGGAAGACCUUCUUUGACCAUUGGUCCCUCAUCCGCCACCACAGAACUCACACUGGAGAGAAGCCCUAUGACUGUCCUGAGUGUGGGAAGGCCUUCAGUCAAAGGAGCACUCUCAGUAGACAUCUGAUUUCCCACACAGGAGAGGGCCCAUAUAAGUGCAGUGUGUGUGGCAAAGCCUUCUUUGUCCGUUCAUCCCUAACUGUACAUCUGCGGAUUCACACAGGAGAGAAGCCUUUUAAAUGCAGUGUGUGUGGGAAAGCCUUCUAUGUUGUCUCUUCCCUAAAGAGACACGAGAAAGCACAUGUUGAGGAGCCACACCAUCAGUGCCAUGAGUGUGGGAAAGCCUUCUUUGAACGUUUUACUCUCAUCCGCCACCAGAGAACUCACACUGGGGAGAGUCCCUAUGAAUGUCAACAGUGUGGAAAAUCCUUUAGUGAGAAGAGCAUUCUCAAUCGUCACCAGCUGAUCCACACUGACAGGAAGCAGUAUGUAUGCAGUGAGUGCGGGAGAGCAUUCUGUACAGUCUCUUCCCUAAACAGACACCAGAAAGCGCAUGCUGGGGAACCAAACCAUCAGUGCAGUGAGUGUGGGAAAGCCUUCUUUGACCGCUCUUACCUCGCACACCACCAGAAGAUACACACUGGGGACAAGCCGUAUAAGUGCAGCGUGUGUGGGAAAGCCUUUAGGGAGAAGAGCAUUCUCACUCGUCACCAGCUGGUCCACACUGACAGGAAGCCGUAUGUAUGCAGUGAGUGCGGGAAAGCUUUCUAUGUUGUCUCUUCCCUAAACAGACACCGGAAAGAACACAAUGGGGAGCCGCACCAUCAGUGCAAUGAGUGUGGGAAAGCCUUCUUUGACCGCUCGUCUUUCACACAACACCAGAAGAUACACACUGGAGACAAGCCGUAUGAGUGCAGCGUGUGUGGGAAAGCCUUCAUCCAGAGGUGCCGGCUCACACGACAUCAGAGAGUUCAUACAGGGGAGAAACCCUUUGAGUGUAGUGUGUGUGGAAAACACUUCAGCUCCAAGUCCUCAAUUGUUCUACAUCAGAGGCGUUAUGCCAAACAAGGGACAGACUGACCAGGGGAGAAGCAUGAGCUUCCCAAAGGGCCUUCCUAUAAAAUAGGUCUCCCUGUCAUCUGCAAACCCAGCAUUUGCUCGUACUGACUACUCUGGUUGCCAUCUUCCUGUCUCACCUCUGCUAGGCAGUGUCUGAGUAAACAGUGUACCUAUUGUGCUACAGAACAAACGUGGAUUGAAGAAAUUGAAAGAUGAAUCUCCAGAUUCAAAAUCGUGCGUCUGCCUGCAUCUACCUCCUGAGUGCUGGGAUCAAAGGUGUGCACCACUACUGCCUGGUAGUAGUUACUCUUAUUGCCUACUACCCUGAUAGAACAGCAAAUUUUUAUAAGAGCAGUCAAUUUAAGAAUAGUUUUCAAUAUCUGGGAACAGGGAUGUGGGCUUCUAGGGUACAGCCUGUACAAGGCAAGGGCUUACAUGUUAGAGGAAUUUUUUUUUCUUUUUGUUCUCUUAAGUAUAGUAAAUCCAAACCUUAAGUGUAAUAUUAACCAUCACAUUGACAAAAAGCAGAAGUAACUGUUCAAGGAGUAGGGGAUGAAAAGUAGGAGUCAGGGUAAGACCAGGACGAGCAUGUGUUACCUCAGCCACUCCAAUAUGGUUAAUAGUACCAGUUCAGUAUCACUUGUAGGACCUAGCCAUUUCUGAGUUGUAAUUUGUGGGGUUGAAAAUCCACAUUUCCUUGCUCGGAACAAUCUGACACAGCAUCUUUAAUUCCUUCAUGGAAACUGAGGUAAAUAUCUGUGCCAGUUACAACACCUUUGUCACUGAGAGAAUCUAAAUAAACCCUCUUAUACCUUUA